AUAAAAUAAACCUUUAUUAAAUCUUUAUUGAGCCCCAGAGGGAAAUUAAGGCGUUGGGGGAAUAAGUAGGCAGACAAAGAGAGAAAUAAAAAAAAGAUAGAAUAAAAAUAGAAACUAAAAGAGCAGCUAUGUUCCAAAUCUCAUACUUUUUCUUUUUACUUUUAGUACGUACUGCAGUUGCCCUUACAAACUUUUUCAUGCAGUAUGCAUACAAUUGGGACACAAAAGAGUAAAGAAGCAAAGAGGCGAAACUCUGCCGCCAUUUUUUGACUGGAAACGCUUAUUAUAUUCAUAAUAUUGUAUUGUUCAACACAGGACAUUUCAGUAGAAUAUGACAAUAGAAUAGAAAUAACGUAGUUUUACUUUUGUAGGUGGACGUUUUACUGGCGUCCGAUAGUCGCUUUCAGUCCAAAAUGGAUGAAAUGUAGCUCUGCUGCUGGGUGUAAGUUUUUGUAAUGGAACUAACUUUCACUUCCUAUCAAUAUACGUUCUUGGGUACUAUUUCUUCAUAACAUUGCGUCUUGAACUUUGAUCCUCUUGCUCAUAUAUCUGCUGUGUUAAGGAUUGUGGGUAGAAAAGCAUGCUGGCUUCAUACUGCAAAAUGUGACCGGAUGUAGUAGAACAUUCAGGUACUUUUGGCAUACUGUAUUUACAUAAUGUACAGGGACAUAUCUCUUUUUAAUAUGUUAUUGGAAUGCACCAAAUUAGACUCAAAAUUACAAUGCAAGCAGUACAAACUCAUCCCUUAGACAUGAAACAUGUUGAUUUGGUUUCAUUUCAUGAGAGAAAGAAAAGCAAAAUAAACUUUAUGAGUGGUAAAAAAAAAAAUCAGGGGUUUGGUAGCAGUUUGGAGGGAAAGUAAAGUUAGAAAAAUUAGAGUGUAAAUCAUUUAUAUUAAUUAUAAAGUUCGACAAAUAGUUAGCUAGAAAAUAAAACUUCGAAGUAUCAGGUCAAAUGAAGACUUUAUCGUGUAAUUUGUCUCUCUCUUUUUUGUCUUUUCUUACUAAAUAAAAGACAAAAAUUUGUGAGAAAAAAAAAAGUCAGGGUAGUGCGCGCACUUUGUUGCCAUAAACCAGAAAAUGAACAGAGCGCGUCCCCGCCCCCAGAGAGAGAGAGAGAGAGAGAGAGAGAGAGAGGAGGGUGACAGCUUGUCUCACAUCCACAGACAUUUUCAGAGCUAAACGGUCUGAGCAGCACUUUGACGUCAGGAAUAAUCAUCCCAGCCUACUCUCUCAUCCGGGUCCUCCUGCUCUCCUCUUCUCUAGUGGGUUUAAUAUUUACUCCAUCCACAUCCACAUCAGCAGCAGCAGCAUCAGCAGCAGCAGCAUCCACAUCAUCCACAGCAGCAUCCACAGCAACAGCAGCGGUGCAGCUUGAACCACAGCAGCAACAUCCAUGUAGAGAGGAGCGACAUCCAAACCAGCGCCAACAAACUUUCCCUGAAAUCCCGGAGAGGAUGUUCCGGAUCAACAAGUCUCUCUUCUUCAGCGCGCAGUAACUGUGGAUGGCUGCGGAAUGGAGAUAGCCUUGGUGAGUUUUGAGAACGGCGGCGCUAAAGGGAGCGGUGGAGGAGGUCUAGGUGGAGGUGGUGGAGGAGGCAACAAUGCCGAGGAGAGCUGCCGGAACGCGCUGGAUGUCCCUCAGCCUGGCUUCGUCCAAAGUGGACUCGGAGAGGACUACAGCAAAGAGCUGAACACCCGAGGGAGUCCUCAGCAGCAGCAGCAUCAUCAUCAUCAUCACCCUCCUCAUCAUCAUCAGCAGCAGAGCUCGUGGAAGAUCAACGACAUGAACAACACUCUGAGCUGCAACGAGAACGCCAUGGAUGCGCUUUUACGCGCGGACCACAGUCCCCAUCUGUUCGACGAGGACAUGCUGGACAUGGACAUGGACACGGAGAGCAACGAGAGGGUGCUCAUCAACAUAGCCGGGCUCCGGUACGAGACCCAGCUGGGCACCCUGAACCAGUUCCCGGACACUCUGCUGGGAGACCCCACCAAGAGGAUUAAAUACUUCGACCCGCUCCGGAACGAGUACUUCUUUGACCGCAACAGACCGAGUUUUGACGGGAUUUUGUAUUUCUAUCAGUCGGGAGGGAAGAUCCGGAGACCCGUUAACGUGUCUAUUGACGUGUUCGCGGAUGAGAUCCGGUUCUACCAGCUGGGUGAGGAGGCCAUGGAGCGGUUCAGAGAGGACGAGGGCUUCAUCAAGGAGGAGGAGAAACCGCUUCCUCAGAACGAGUUCCAGAAACAGGUCUGGCUCAUCUUCGAGUACCCGGAGAGCUCCAUGCCGGCUCGGGGCAUCGCCAUCGUGUCUGUGAUCGUCAUCACCAUCUCCAUCAUCACCUUCUGCCUGGAGACGCUGCCAGAGUUCCGGGAUGAGAGCGAGCUUCCGGUGACCAGCCGGCCGGACAACAGCACCUCACCCAGACCCUCCCUCACCUUCACAGACCCCUUCUUCAUCAUCGAGACCACCUGCGUCAUCUGGUUCACCUUCGAGCUCUUCGUGCGCUUCUUCGCGUGCCCCAGCAAGUCGGAGUUCUCCAAGACGGUGAUGAACAUCAUCGACAUCAUGUCCAUCAUGCCUUACUUCAUCACCGUGUGCACGGAGCUGGCGGAGCAGCAGGGACAGGAGCACCAGAACGGACAGCAGGCCAUGUCUCUGGCCAUCCUCCGGGUCAUCCGUCUGGUCAGGGUCUUCAGGAUCUUCAAGCUCUCCAGACACUCCAAGGGGCUCCAGAUCCUGGGUCAGACCCUCAAAGCCAGCAUGAGGGAGCUGGGUUUACUCAUCUUCUUCCUCUUCAUCGGAGUCAUCCUCUUCUCCAGCGCAGUGUUCUUCGCUGAGGCGGACGAACCGGAGUCGCACUUCUCCAGCAUCCCGGACGCCUUCUGGUGGGCCGUGGUCACCAUGACGACGGUUGGCUACGGCGACAUGCGGCCGGUGACUGUCGGAGGGAAGAUCGUGGGCUCUCUGUGCGCUAUAGCCGGCGUGCUCACCAUUGCGCUGCCGGUGCCGGUCAUCGUGUCCAACUUCAACUACUUCUACCACCGGGAGACAGACCAGGACCAGUCGUCCCUGAAGGACGAGCCCAACAGCGGCCGAGCGAGUCCCGAGCUGAAGCGCAAAGGGAGUAAAUCGUCCAACAAGUCGCAGCAGCAGGACGCGGAGAACAACGACGCGGCCGGUUCGGUGGAGAAGGCAAACAUGAAGGCGAACAGCAGCAUGGAUUUCAAGAGAUCCCUUUACGCGUUCUGCUUGGACACGCGGGAGACAGACCUGUAGUCCCAAAAGUCCUCACUUUAAAAAGUCAGAACUAUUAAAGCCCAUAGUUGUCUAGAAUAAACCCCCAUUAAUGGGCUCUUAAGUCUUUUUGCACAUGGAGGAGGAUCAACACAUCGCAAUCCUGAAAAGUUUUAAGAGCGACGGGGUUGAUUUAUAAAAAGCACAUUUUAAUCCCCCUCAUCUGGUAAAGCACAUCCGUUAGUGGAAAACCUGAGGAACAAACCACAGUGCAUGUGAUGCAACACAGUGGCCCUUUAAAGCAGCAACACCUACAGGACAUUCAUGAAACUCAUGGAUGAAUUAAAAAAUGAGGACGAGCAGGACUUGGAAUAAUUACUUGACUUCCAGAGGAUUAACGAGCAGACUCUUGUACAUAAAGUAGGAAAGCAGUCCAUGUUCAGUAGAAAAGAAAAAAAAAGCCAAAUUUUAUUUUUCGUACCCUACAUUUAGUCAUUAUGUUUACGCUGAAAAGUUGCAGCAGAUGUGUACAUAUGUCCCACAAGAAUUGGAUUUAUGGUGUUAUUGUAGAUUUGGAGAAGUCUAUUUUUGGAGAUGCAGACACCUGAUUUCCUCCACUCAGGUUCUGGCAAAGAAGACAUAUUGUGGGAGUAAAACAGCCAAGAAAAGAGGACAGAGCAGAAACCAUCUGGAGAGAUCGAGCAACACAGAAACCAG